AGAGUGCCUUAUAUUCACCUUUGAACGACUAUGGGAGGAAGAAAAUCUGUUUAAAAUUUUGUUUGUAGAACCCAUUACCUUUCAAGGUCAGGAAAUUCAUUAUUUAGCUAUUCCUAAAGACAAUUUACGACCAAUACGAAGCUACUUAACCGAAGAAAAAGAAGACCAAGCAACUAUAACCGAUGAGGAGAAAAACAAUAAUUCACCAGAAGAUUCUAGUCAACAACCCAAAACCAGCAUUAAGCAGUCUGAAUUGGAAAGAGUUGCUUUCACAGUCGAAAGGAUAAGAGGCUAUUCUGAUUCCUCCAAUGCUUUCCGAAUUCACUUUACCGAAGAAAUUGAAUAUCAAACCACAAAAGUAAAAGGACUGGCUAUUUCUAAAACUCAAUCCGGAGAAAAUUUAAGCAAAAAACUGCAAAUUUUGGAAGCAGGGGAAAAGUUUGAAAUCAUUAUUGCAGGAGCCGGUUUGGCUGUUAACCAAGGCCCGGGUUUUUCUUAUUUGGAAGCAACUCUCGACAACAUUCGGGAAAUCAGAAAACUAGGAACAGAAGCAUCAUCUCCGGCCUCUAACGCAGAAACUAGUCAAAAACAAGUAGUAACCCAACUAAGUUCGCCUUCUAAAUUCAAAAUUUUAGAACUAACCCAGUUUAUGUUUGCUAAAGAAACCUUAGACAGCAAUGAUCCAGCCGCUAGAUUUAGUUUCCCGGUUCUCCUUAGUGAAUUAACUGGAUUUAAUGAUACUUUACGAGGAAAUCCUAAUCACGGUUACAUCAAGCCCUUAGUAAAAGAUCUUCUCCAACAACUUCACCAAAACAAUAAGAUUACUAAACGAAUUAUGGAAAGAUAUGAAGGUAGUUUGGAAGAAACACCGGAUGGCGAAGUAUCUAGUAAUCGUUAUGCUACCGUAGAAAGCGAAGAGGAAGAAAUUUCUGACUGGUCCGAUGACGAAUCCCUUCAAAAGCAUCAAGCAUUAAUUGCCGAGCAAAAGGAAGUUGGCAAAUUACUAGAUUCUGUUGAAAAAGACCGAGCCGAAGGAAAAUUAUCUCAAACUCAAAUUCAAGAAAAA